UCUCCGCCUCAGUUUUCCUCGGCCACGUGAGUGGAGAGUUGAGCAAAGGCCGGGCCGGAAGGACGGGCUCGGGUUGCAGAGCAAGGGUUCCACCCCCCAUCCUCUCACGUCCCCUAGGAGAGCCCCGUGGACGGGGCUGACCUCUGCGGCUCCCUCUAUUACCGUAUUCACCCAGAUACGAGCCGCGCGCAGCACCCUCUCCCAUUUUCCUGGCUUUUGAGAACCGUCGACACAAACCAAACCUUUCCGGAAGGUGGCUGGGGGGUGGAGAGGAAUUCGAAGGGCGCGGGAAGAAAGCUCCCGGGGAGGAAGGUACAGAUUAGCACGUGGUUCCUGCCGGAACCAAUGAAGGUCAGCGAUCUCGGCCUCGGUCACCCGGCCGGCAGGGAUGGCCCAGAGGAAGGCGCAGUAGAGGACACUGGGCGUCUGCCCGCUGUGCUUGCAGCGACAAGAGGGGAAGCUCAGGGCGACACCCAGAGGGUGACCGGGGACACCCCAGCCCCGCCUCCUCCGCCUUCGGGAUGCCGCUGAACCCUGUCACCUCCACCCCCUUCUCGGUCAAUGAUAUCCUGAGGCUGGAGCCAGAGCAGAUAGAUCCCGAAUUCUUGCAACUCCGGGAGGCACCGGGGAGCCCUGAAAGCUUUCAGUGCCAGCCACCGCUCCCAGAACCGCGAAAGUCAGAGGUUCACAGCACCUGCAGCGCCCGCGGCGGAAACAGCGACAGAACCGACGAGUCGGGGUGUCCUGGUGGUCCCCCCGAGACGGUCGCAGAGAUGGACUCAGAACGCGUGGAGGAGCCACAGCCGGGCCUCAGCGCAGCCUCGCCCCUCCGCGGCGGGACCAGGGGGCCAGAGCUCGGCGUCGGCGACCCCGGCAGCGGCGCGCGCGGGACCGGCCCCGAGCAGCCCAAGGCGCGCCAGCGGCGGAAGCCCCGCGUGCUCUUCUCGCAGGCGCAGGUGCUGGCGCUGGAGCGGCGCUUCAAGCAGCAGCGGUACGUGUCGGCGCCCGAGCGCGAGCACCUGGCCAGCGCGCUGCAGCUCACGCCCACGCAGGUCAAGAUCUGGUUCCAGAACCGGCGCUACAAGUGCAAGAGACAGCGCCAGGACAAGUCCCUAGAACUGGCGGGCCACCCCCCGGCGCCGCGCCGGGUGGUGGUGCCCGUGCUGGUGCGGGACGGCAAGCCCUGCCUGGGCCCCGGCGCGCCGGCUUUCUCGGGCCCCUACGGCGCCGCCGCGGCGCCCUAUUCCUGUUACGGCGGCUACGCGGGCGCCCCUUUUGGCGCCGGCUACGGCGGCGGCUACGCGGGCGCGCCCCCGGGUCCUGCGACGCCCGCAUCCCUGGCCAGCGCAGGUUUCGGCGGGGGUGGCCCCGGUGCCGGCCCGCAGAGCCACCUGCCCGCCGCGCUGCAGGGCGUCAGGGCCUGGUGA